AUGGCUUUGAAGCAUCAGUGGGACAUGAUCAAACUGUCUAGGGAAGGAUUACUGGACACGCGCUAUAGUACAAAUGAUCAAAUCGCCUUUAAAAUUCUCCAGGCUGAUGUUACAGAGAGGAAGUUGGACUUCGCCAAGGAGAUGUUGGCAUCACAAAACACAAAAAUGAUAUCACCUAUCAUUUCCCACCUGACUGAUGAGAGGAAGUCAAUGGAAAACGGAGCCCUGCUGCCUCUGCCACAAGCAAUCGCUCAACCUCAACUGUGUCCCCCAAAGCCAGCUUCGGCCAGGCACAGUGGAGUGAACACCUACAGGUCAUUUGCUCCAGACGGUUUGGGAAUUCUGACUCCAUCAGAUGAGCAAGGACUAGAGACAGAACCACUGUCCACAGGGGACAACCUGGGCAGAGGCCCCCACAGAGGGUUCUCAUCUAUCACCAUCACUGCACGACGCGUGGGCCCUCCGGCCAACUCCUUGGUAUGGGACACUGUUAGGGACUCACUAUGUCCCAAUUGCAGGGCCAAGGAUGCUUUGCUCCAAGAACCCCCAGCUCUGGCCAGUGGUACCCAUCUAUGUCAGCACAACGGAUCCUUCACCUGUACAGAGUUCCCCAGCAGUGGCUCUGUAGAGGGGAUGAAGGUGCCCCAGGCUCAUACGAGGCUGUGUGCAAGGCAGGAGUACUGGAUCACCCACAUGGGUGACAAAGAGGACAGUUUUUCUUCAGACAGUUCACCAUCAAGAAAAGUACCACUGGUGUUCAGUUCAUGUGUCCACCUCCGGGUGUCACAGCAGUGUCCCAAUGCCAUUUACUAUUUGGACAAAUCGCUUUCUGUCCCCCUUGAGCAACCUCAGACUGCUAGCCCCAAAAUCCACAGGUCUGUCCUGUCUCUCAGCCUCCGCUGUAGUUCCCACAGGUUAACAGCAGAUGGCGUAGACAGCACAGCUAAUGGCGAGCCAAUCAGCAGAGCCCUGCCGCAGGCGCUCCUGGAGGGAAAGCAGGACCUCCUAGGUCCACAAUUGGGCCAGCCUCAGGAAGGUCACUGGAAGGAGAGUCCAGCAUUGGUGCCAGUACAUUUGGGGAGUGGUACAUGCCCUCGGACUAGCUCCCCUCCUCUGGAAAAAGUCAAAUUUGCAGAUGUGAGAAGGAACCAGGUCCCAGUAAGAAAGGAGAAAGAGGAGCUUGCAACAUGUACCACUAGCAGCCAUGCUGACCGACUCUUCAUCCAUAUUCCCGGCUGGAGUUACCGGGCAGAAACAAAAGUAUUUUCUGGAAACAGCAAGGAGCAACAAGAAGAAGCACAAGGAACUCUUCCUCCUUCCCCAGUGGGACAGAAGCCCAUUAAACACUUCCCUUCUGAUGGAGACAGUUCACCAAGCAAUGAUGAGCAGUCUAGCGUCUUUUCUGAGUCCCAAGAGAGACAGCACCCAUACUUCCUGACACCCAGAGUCCCUUUGCCUGUGUUUCUUUGCCCUAUACAAGUCACAUGUGCCUCUCUGCAGGAAGAUGAUACUGCUCAGAUAGAGAAAGAGUUCCCCAAAGAUUACACCUGCUGCGACUUGGUUGUAAAACUAAAGGAAUGCAAGAAGCACGAGGACCUCCUUGCCACUCCUGAGCCCUCACCAGCAAUACCCUCUCCAACAGCCGCAGAGGAACCACGGAGCUCUGACCCGUUGGAAGGGAGUUCUGAGCCUCCGCAUCUCCUGGCAAGCUCCAUGACCUUGCAGGAAGCGCUGGAAGUCCGUAGACCUCAGUUCAUUUCUCGCUCACAAGAACGGCUGCAAAAACUUAAGCACAUGGUACAGCAAAGGAAAGCCCAACAAAAGGAAAACCUGGGGCAGAAGCAGAGCCUACUUCCUGUCCGUGCCCACAAGAAGCAGUUCACCGUUCCCCAUCCUCUUAGUGAUAACUUGUUCAAACCCAAAGAAAGGUGCAUUUCAGAGAAGGAGAUGCAUAUGAGGUCUAAAAGAAUCUAUAAUAACCUGCCGGAAGUUAAAAAGAAAAGAGAAGAGCAAAAGAAAAGAGUGAUCUUACAGAGUAACAGACUCCGAGCAGAAGUCUUCAAAAAGCAAUUACUGGACCAGCUCCUUCAGAGAAAUGCUGUCUGA